AAACAGACAGAACGUCAACGUUAUCAGAAUAGGUUAAGUUUUGAGGAGUUGAAUAUAUUACAACUAUGGUUCUUGCAAAAGUUUUCUUAUCGAACGAUGUUUAUAUGGCAUGCCUUCAACUAGCAUUGUCCACUGAGAAGGAAGAAGUGAUAUGUUUGCUUUUGGGCGAGAUCAAAGAAACCGACGAUGGUGUGAUGGCAUAUAUAUAUGCCAUAAAAAUUCCUCAUCGGUUGGAUAAGAAGAAAGACCGAGUUGAGAUUUCUAUUGAUCAGCUGUUAGCUGCAAGAGAACACGCAGAAAAGUUGUCCACCAACUACAAGAAGGAAAUUAGAGUACUUGGCUGGUUUCAUUCCCACCCUCAUAUCACUGUUUGGCCUUCCCACGUUGAUCUGAACACGCAAGCUAACUACCAGACAAUGUCGGACAACUUUGUAGGAAUUAUCAGCUCUGUUUUCUCCGAAGACAAGACAACAAAGGAGUGUGAAGUGAAUCUGACAUGUUUCCAAUCGGAGUGUGUUGUUGAUGACAAUGACAUGGUGCGUAAUGUCCGCAGACCUGUUCCGUUCUUUGUUGUAUCUAAUCUCGAUGAAAACUUUGUUCCCAACUGUCUACAGACCAUUUGUGAUCUACCGAACAUUUUGUACAAUGAAGAAGAGGAAAGCUACAAGGAAUGUGCUGGAGAAAACUCCGACGUUUUAUCGACCAUUCACAAUGACACGUUGCUGACUAAAUCCCUACUUCACAUAACAAGCAAGAUUUCAAUCCCGCUUCUGAAAACACUCGAGACCAGGGAGAGGAUAUUGAAGCAAAAAGCUCGCUACCACAAAAAAUUUGCUUCAAAAAUCCAAUCACUGUAUGGCGGUCAAGAACCUGUUCACAAUAAUGUAAAUUAGUCCUACAAGAGUUUUGUCUCUUUCUUCAGUUUUGUAAAUAGCAUAGCCAUAAGGAAACUCUAUUACCUCAUGGUGGAAGGAAAAUACAUAGGUGAGCUAUUCUCGUUGUCACUCAGAUUGCAAACAAAAGAUGAUUAUAACAACUGUCAAAUUAGUAUGUAUUUGUUUUGAUUUGGUUGUUAUUAUUUUUAUCAUGUUUUUAAAAUAGUUGAAUGUAUUCGUUAUAAAAACAAUAACAACCAAAUCAAAACAAAUACUAAUUUGACAAUUACAAUCAGGUCGAAACGGCACACGGAAGAUUUCUCAGGUGCCGUUUGACGUCACUUUGAGGGAACACCAAUACCGCAACGAUACGAUUUUGAGCCAUCGGCCUCGGUGGUGCAGUGGAUAGCGUUGCGGGCUGAUAAUCCGAAUGUUCCGGGUUCGACUCCCGCCGGCGGCACUAACUUUUUAUCAACAUUUUUUUCAUAUCAGCAAGUUUGGUUGGUUUGGUUAGGUUAUGACAGUUUAAUUUUAUAAUUAAAAAAUUAUAAAAUUGAAUUUUAGGCAAUUAUAAUUUUAUUUUAUGAACAAAACUAUUUUUUAGAUUAGUAAACCUUUAUUUGAUUUUUCCAUUAUCAGCACGUUUGGUUGGUUUGGUUAGGUUAUGACAGUUUAAUUUAACAAUAGAAAAUUAUAAAAUUGUCUGUUUCUUCAGACGCAGCAGUUAGUGACGUCAAACGGCACCUGAGAAAUCUUCCGUGUGCCCCACCGCAAUCAGGUGAUCUUUUGUUUGCAAUCUGAGUGACGUCAGAAUAUGACGAGAAUAGCACACCUAUGUAUUUUCCUUCCACCAUGCUAUUACCUUAUGUAAUUAUUUUUGUACCUAAUAAAUUUGUUCAUCCCA